CGCUCUGAUCCAGUCGAGCACGCGGCCAUUCACAGUUUACGGUCCCUCCGGUGACUCGGGAUGAAUCGCCGGUGCUCGUCUCCUCUCGCCGUUUAAGACACAUUUAAAGCUUCGGGGUCGAAGCGGUGGAUUGUUUUUUGUUUUUACCGGUUUGUGAGAUCCGGGUCGAGUGUGUGUGAAACGAUGCUGAUGAAGUGUGAAAGUAAUGAUCGAGGAUGCUGAAGCUGCCGGAAAGCCCGCUUUGUUCGGAGGAGCGCGAGGCUUUUGUGCCGCUGUCAUCCCUCAGCUCAUCCCCUGCUGCUUUGUCUUCACAUUGCCCAAAGACACAGAGACCGACCGUGACCGGCAGUGUGGUUUGUCAGUAUUGGACUGCGACCACCAACAGCAGCAGCAGCAGGUCACCACCAUGAGUCUGUACGGAGCCGGGGCCAGUGGCGGGGCCAGUGGCGGGGCCAGUGGCGGGGCCAGUGGCGGGGCCAGUGGCGGGACCAGUGACGGGAACAGUGGCGAGGCCAGUGGCGGUGCCAGUGGCGGGGCCAGUUGCGGUGCCUCCGGCGGGGCGAGAGAAAGAGGAGGAGCAGAACAUUACCGGGACCAACAGCGGCGUUCCAGCGACCGCUCACGUGACUCCUCCCAUGAGAGAGGAGAGAGCCAGCUGACGCCCUGCAUCAGGAAUGUCACUUCUCCCACUCGCCAGCACGACCGCGAACGUGGCGACGGAGGCUCGUCCUCCAGAUCCUCCAGUCCACGUCCUCCCAGGGUUUCUAUUCCCUAUUCCCACAUCGGAGGGGCCCUGAUCGGGGGACACAUACCUCUGCCCCUGGGUACUCCUGGAGCAGACCACCUCUCAAAGACACUGGGCCCCGGGGCGUGUGACAUGAUCUACGUGUAUGACCUCUGCAGUAAAGAGGGGCAUCGCAGUGGACUGAGGCUGGGAGAAAGAGUCACGCUCAUUGUGGAUAAUACAAGAUUUGUGGUGGAUCCUGCCAUCUUCACAGCUCAACCAAACACCAUGCUGGGCAGGUAUGACUGUCAGAUAGAUUCAAUGAUGUUCGGUUCUGGACGGGACAACAACUUUACACGACCCAAUGAAAAGGGGGAGUUCGAGGUGGCCGAUGGUAUCAGCUCCACUGUCUUCAGAGCCAUUCUGGAUUACUACAAGUCGGGGAUAAUCCGCUGCCCCGACGGCGUUUCCAUUCCCGAGCUGAGGGAGGCAUGUGACUACCUCUGUAUCUCCUUCAACUACAGCACCAUCAAGUGCAGAGACCUCAGCGCCCUGAUGCACGAGCUGUCUAACGACGGGGCCCGGCGUCAGUUUGAGUGUUACCUGGAGGAGAUGGUGCUGCCGCUGAUGGUGGCCAGCGCUCAGAGCGGAGAGAGGGAGUGUCACGUGGUGGUGCUGACCGACGACGACGUGGUGGACUGGGAUGAAGAGUACCCUCCACAGAUGGGAGAGGAGUACUCACAGAUCAUCUACAGCACCAAACUGUACCGCUUCUUCAAGUACAUCGAGAACAGGGACGUGGCCAAGUCGGUGCUGAAGGACAGAGGACUGAAAAAGAUCCGACUGGGAAUAGAAGGCUACCCGACCUACAAAGAGAAGGUGAAGCGGCGUCCCGGAGGUCGUCCAGAGGUCAUCUACAACUACGUCCAGCGUCCCUUCAUCCGCAUGUCCUGGGAGAAGGAGGAAGGGAAGAGCCGCCACGUGGACUUCCAGUGCGUCAAGUCCAAGUCCACCACCAACCUGGCGGCGGCGGCCGCGGACAUCCCCCAGGACCAGCUGGUGGACAUGCACCCUCCGGGGCCGCAGGUGGACGAGCUGGACACUCUGCCGCAGCUGCCGGGCGCCGGCAACCCCCAUCAGCCGGCCCUCGGACAGGGGAUGGAAAAUAACGCGGGCCCCCAGCUCGCCCCAGGCUACGAGGGCCCGAACCAGCAGGCUCUCCAGGACACUCCGCACGGCCUGUCGCACGGCAACCAGCAGCACGGCAGCGGCUACUCUCAGGCCACCUACCACUACGAGCCGGACCCGGACACACCGUCACCCUCCGCAUGAGGGCCGGCUCCCUCCCUCCCUCCACGGCUGUGUUCACACUAACAGCAACAAGAGCAUCGCACUGAGACAAACUCAACUACAACUCAAAACAUAAACAACGUUGACGUAAUCGCAACGAGAGCAUCGAUCGUCCCUCCACAGAAUGUAGGAAAUCAGAAACGGUAACACACAGAAGCACAGACACCCGGUCGGCCUGCAGCAGCCAACAAGCACACAGUUCAACCUUUCUCUUGUUGCUGUCAGUGUGGAGGCAGACUGGGUUCCCCCCCCCCCACUGGUCCUCCUCCUCCACCUCCUCUUCCUCCCCUCGAGUGGCAAAACACCACUUUGCCUUCUGUUGCACCUCUGCUGCAGCCUUCCUCAGUCAGCACAGUGUCCGAAUGAGCACAUCAGCAGGCCUCCUCCUCACCUCCUCCGUUCACUCUCUGUUUGUUCUCUAUUUAUCUGACCAAAGGAGACUUUAAGUUGCAUCCUGUGUCCAUGUGAAAAGACAUUACUGUAUUUCAUCACAGUUGAAGCAUGUGUGUGAGCAUGUGUGUGAGCAUGUGUGUGAGCAUGUGUGUGAGCAUGUGUGUGAGCGCGUGUGUGUGUGUGUGUGUGUGUGUGUGUGUGUCGUGCUGCUGGGAAAGUGGAUUCCAGUGCCUCUUUACAGUCCGUCUUUAUUUGGAGGCUAGUUGGAUUUGAAGGCCUUGAUGAAAGAGAUUUUGUUUUACACAACAUAUAAAGAAACAGCUCCACUCCCUUUUAUUCUGUAAAACCAGUUGAUUUGGUUCCCAGUUUUUUGUGUUGAGUCCGUUGACUGUCGGUGUGUCCUGGCUGAGCUGCUCAGCACAGGUUCAUCAUCACCUCCGCCGUGAGCACACAGGAUGUUGAACACAAUGGUUUUCUAAUAAAUGUGCAUUCACAACUCUUCCUGGA